AUGGUUGGAAAAGCCGCCCUGAAGAAAGGAGCUAAGAAGGGCUUCAAGAGGAAGGCUGGUAUGAAAGGAGACAAGAAACGUCGCAGGCCCAGGAAGGAGAGCUAUGCUAUCUACGUCUACAAGGUGCUGAAGCAAGUCCACCCAGAUACGGGCGUUUCUUCCAAGGCAAUGAAGAUCAUGAACAGCUUUGUCCAUGAUAUCUUCCAGCGCAUCGCUUGCGAGUCAUCUCGCUUGGCCCACUACAAUAAGCACUCAACUGUCACUUCCAGGGAGAUUCAGACCGCUGUGCGCCUUCUGCUACCUGGAGAGCUAGCUAAACACGCCGUGUCUGAGGGUACCAAGGCUGUCACCAAGUACACCAGCUCCAAGUAA